AUGAAGCAAAUAAAUGAAAGUUUUCCAGAGUAUUUCAUUCUCAUGGGCUUAACCAAAUAUCCAUGGCUGAACCUUCCUCUCUUCUGUGUCUUCCUGACCUCCUACCUGUUCACAUUGUCAGGAAAUACUGCUAUUAUUUUGGUGUCUCAACUGGAUUCCCAACUCCAAAGUCCCAUGUAUUUCUUCCUCACCAACCUUUCCUUUCUGGAUCUCUGCUUCACCACCACAACUGUACCUCAAAUGCUCUUCAAUUUAGGGGGCGCCAACAAGAGCAUAACAUACACAGGCUGCAUGGUGCAGGCCUAUGUGUUCCAAUGGCUGGGCUGUUCUGAGUGUGUCCUGCUGGGUGUCAUGGCCUUGGACCGCUAUGUGGCCUUGUGCCAGCCCCUGCGGUACUCUGUAAUCAUGGACCGCAAGCUCUGCCUGCAGUUGUCUGGCACUGCCUGGCUUCUUGGCUUGGCCAACUCACUGCUGCAGUCCACACUCACUUUCCAGAUGCCUCUGUGUGGGCACCAGGCCCUGGAUCAUUUCUUCUGUGAGCUGCCUGGUCUUAUUAGGAUGGCUUGUGGAGAUACCACAGUCAAUGAGAUUAUCUUAGGAGUGGUCGCCACCUUCCUGACAAUGGGUCCCCUCUCCAUGAUUCUUGUCUCUUAUGGUUACAUUGCCCAAGCUGUAUUUCGAAUCCCUUCUGCUGCCAGGAGACUUAAGGCCUUCAACACAUGCUCCUCACACUUACUGGUGGUGUCCUUAUUUUACGAGCCUGGUAUCUAUAUCUACAUGCAGCCCUCAGGGGAUGAGACUCAAGACCUUACCAAAGUGUUGACGCUGUUUUACUGUGUUAUUACCCCUAUGGCCAACCCAUUCAUCUACACCCUGAGGAACAAGGAAGUGACAAGAGCUUUGAGGAGGCUUCUGAGGAAGGCCAUUUCAUCUAAGAGAAUAUGA